AUAUAGUGAUUGCAGGGUCCGGGGAGACCAGAUAUAGUGAUUGCAGGGUCUGGGGAGACCAGAUAUAGUGAAUGCAGGGUCCGGGGAGACCAGAUAUAGUGAAUGCAGGGUCCGGGGAGACCAGAUAUAGUGAAUGCAGGGGUCCGGGGAGACCAGAUAUAGUAAAUGCAGCGUCUGGGGAGACCAGAUAUAGUGAAUGCAGGGUCCGGGGAGACCAGAUACAGUGAAUGCAGGGUCCGGUGAGACCAGAUAUAGUGAAUGCAGGGUCCGGGGAGACCAGAUAUAGUGAAUGCAGGGUCCUGGGAGACCAGAUAUAGUGAAUGCAGGGUCCUGG